AUGGAUUGUAGGCCGCUUACACAAAAUGAGCGAGAAAAAAUCGCUCAAGAUUUAUUCGAUGAGCCAGAACAAGAUAAUGAGACUUACUUUCCCUCGAGUGACAGCGAGUUUUCGGAAGAAGAAAUCGAGCAACAAACUGAACAGAGUGCUACCGAACAAGAAAACACUUCAGACGAAUCUGAAGAAGAGGACCAUGAAGAAACCAUGGAAGAAUUUUUCAUUGGAAAAAAUAAAUCAACGAAAUGGCGUAAGACAACAUACCGUGUUUCUGGGAAAACUAAGGGUGUAAACGUAGUCACGAUACCCAUUGGUCUGACUCAUCGAGCACGCGGUAUUGAAAAUGAACUGGAUGCGUUCUUCCAAAUUAUCGACAUCUCUAUGAUUGACGACAUUUUGAAGCACACAAAUAUGCAUAUCGAUCAGCUUAGAGUUGAUCAUCAAUACUCUAGAGAUCGGGACUGUAAACACAUCGACAGGAAUGAAUUUAUGGCAUACUUGGGUCUACUAUAUUUGAUCGGUAUAAAAAAAUCUCACCACGCAAAUGUGAAAGAGAUCUUUUCCAGUGACGGUACCGGAAUUCAAAUAGCAAGAGCUGUCAUGAGUUACAAGAGAUUUCUCUUCAUCACCCGCUGCCUGAGAUUCGAUGACAAGAAUUCCAGAAUCGAAAGGAAGAAAGUUGACAAACUGGCAGCAAUACGUGACUUCUUCCAAGCUUUCGUCAACAACUGCAAAUUAUCAUUCAACUUGAGCGAAUAUACUACGAUCGAUGAGAUGCUGCAUCCAUUUAGGGGUCGUUGUAGCUUCAUCCAAUAUAUUCCUAGUAAACCAGCGAAAUACGGGCUGAAGAUUUUUGCGUUAUGUGAUGCCAAAAGUUUUUACACAUCCGUUCUAGAAAUAUAUUGCGGAAAACAACCCGAUGGACCAUUUGCGGCCUCUAAUACCCCAAUAGAUAUUGUAAAGCGGCUAGUCACUCCGAUAGAAAAUUCAAAGCGGAAUUUGACUAUCGAUAAUUGGUACACAAGUGUACCACUCGCUGAUUAUUUGCUAACAAAAAAAAUAACGGUUUUGGGCACAAUGAAGAAAAACAAAUCUGAAAUCCCAAAACAAUUCUUGCCAGACAAAAGCAGGACUGUUCAAUCUACUAUUUUCGGUUUCCAAAAGGACAAAAUGUUAGUGUCCUAUGUACCUCGGAAAAAUAAAUCUGUAAUAUUGCUCUCAACAUUACAUGACGACAACGAAAUGGAUCCCGACACCAAAAAGCCUCAGGUUAUACUGGACUACAACGAAACCAAAGGCGGAGUGGAUACUGUCGACAAAAUGUGUGCCGCUUACUCGGUGUCUAGAAUAACAAGAAGAUGGCCAUGUGUACUUUUCUACACUCUGAUGAAUAUUGGCGGCAUAAAUGCUCAAAUUUUAUACAAAUUUGCCUGUCCAGCAAAGGCUCCUAAGCAUCGAAGAGUUUUCCUGCAAAAUUUGGCAUUCAGCCUCAUGAAAGAGCAUCUUAUCUUCAGAUCAACUCUCAGACAUUUACCUCAAGAUGUAAGUGCUUUUCUCAAAGUGAAUUACGGCCGGAGUGUUGAACCGAUAACAGAAGAAGAGAAAAGAAACCCUUCAAAACGCGGUGUGUGUCGGUCAUGUGCUUUGGAGAAGAAAAGAUCCUCAGCAUCAAUGAAGUGUUGCCGUUGCCACUCGUUUACGUGCAAGAACCAUUCUACAGUUGAGGUGAUUUGCAACAUUUGUAACGAUGAGAAUGCUGAUUCUGAUCAAUAG